CAGAAGGCGGCGGCGGCUGCGGCGGCCAGGGCGGCGGCGGCGGCGAGGAGGGCGGCGGCGGGGGAGAGCGGGACGGCGGCGGCGAGGGGGAAAGGCGGCUCGACGGUGACGGCGGGGAAGGCACCGGUGAAUGGAGCUGACAAGGCUCCGAAGGCCGCUGACGUCAACGGCGCCGGGAAAAAAGAUGAUGCCGCAAAAGCUAUUAGCGGAAGCGCAGCGACCGCCGUAAGUCCCAAGGCGCCGUCAACAACGUCGACGCCGCCGCUGGUUAUUAUCCAGCAGCAACCGGUGUUGCCGCUGGCGGCCGGCGGCGUCACGCCGUUGUUGAGUGCCGUACGGCUAAACCUCAUGCCGCCAGCGAAACAAGGCCUGGAGUACGGCGACGUGUUCCAGUACGACAGCUCGUCCAAGGUGCUGGAAGAUAUGCGGUCGGAUCCAGCCUAUGCGGAGAUCCUGGCGGCGGCAGCGGAGGCGGCGACGUUGCCGCUGACGGCGACGGUGACGUCAGGUUGUGGUUGCGACGAUGGGGCUGCCGCGGCGUCGGAGGUCAGGGCGUCUCCAGAGGAUGUGGAGAUGGUUGAUGAAUCGGGGGCGGCGGCGGGUGAGGAGGCUGUUGCACAGGCAGUGGAGGCGGCAGCGGAGGCGAAGGCGCAUGAAGGGGACAUGGCGGCAGUGGCGGAGGUAAAAACGCGAGCGGAGGCACCGGGGACGGACGAGGUGGUGGAUGCGGCUGCAAGGGUGACGACGGCGGCGGAAGCAGCACUGUCGCCGGCGGCGGCACCGGCGGGGACGGCACCUGCGGCGGCGGCGGAAGCGAGUCCAGAGCGCCCAGCUGCUGCUGCUGCUGUUGUGGAGGUGUCUGCAGCGGCGCGGGAGCAGGAGGUCCCGGCGGUCUUGGCGGGUGGCGACAGACGUCUAGCCGAGCUGACCUUCCUAGGCACCGCCUCCUCUCAGCCCUCCAAAUUCCGCAACGUCUCCGGCUGCUACGUCGAUCUGUUUGACCGCGGCGGGCUGCUCGUAGACUGCGGAGAGGACGCCAUGGGGCAGAUGAAACGUCGCUUCGGGCCGGAAGACGCGGAGUCGCGACUGCUUGCGGUGGAAUUGGUGUGGAUCAGCCACAUGCAUGCCGACCAUCACGGUGGCUUGUACCGGCUGUUGGAGUGGCGGGCGAGGCGCGGAGCGCCACCGUUGGUGGUUAUCGGGCCGUACAAGCUAUUCGACGUGUUACUGCGGUACAGCGCUGUCGUACCCAUGCAGUUUGUGUUCGUGUCGAAUGCGGCUCUGGCCCGGCCGGAGUGCUGUCGGCCGCUGCCAUGGCAGGUGGCGGAGGCGCUGCAUGGGGCGCAGGAGAGGCUGGGGUUGGCGGCGGUUGCACCGUUCCCCGUGGAGCACAUCGCGGAUUCGUACGGGCUGCGGCUGGAGGGGCGCGCGGGCUGGUCGGUUGUGUUUUCGGGGGACACGCGGCCGUGCACGCAGACGGUGGCAGCUGCCCGCGGCGCCACGUUGCUGGUGCAUGAGGCGACCUUUGAGGAGAGCAUGGCGGGGGAGGCGCGAGCCAAGCGACACAGCACCACUGCUGAGGCGGUGGCGGUGGGCGAGAAGGCCGGCGCCUACCGUAUCCUGCUGACCCACUUCAGCACCCGCUACCCCACCCUGCCGGAGCUGGACCUGCGGCCGCACCCCCGAGUGGCGGUGGCCAUGGACCUGAUGCGGGUGAACCUGGCGGACCUGCCCGGGCUGCCGGCGCUGGUGCGGCCGCUGGGGCUGCUGUUCAGGAAGCUGGAGGAGGACAAGGGGGCGGACGGGGAGGAGGAGGAUUGAAAAGGAGGAUUGAGGGGAG